UGGGGGGUUCAAGCGUCCUCCGGUUAACGAGUCUCUACUAUUUCGACCAACUGUCGGAGCCGAGAUUUGGUUCCGACGGAAUACAUUUUAAAAAAUUAAACACCUUAAGACAGAAUCAACUGCAUAGACUUUUUAUUUUCCAAAGACAAAGACUGCAAACACGUAACUAACCGAGAUGAAUGAGCCAGAAGUUGAUGAUGUUGCUUUUUUAACAGGUGAAAAUGCUAAAAAGCAAGUUAUAUAUACUGACAGCUCUGGAGCAGAUAAAAUCAGGAGAGUAGUCUGCUCUAAGCAGCAAGCUUUCUUUGUUACUGCUCUUGUGCUUGUAUCUCUUCUGAUUAUAGCAAUUAUUGCUUCAUUUGCUAGGCCAAUGCCAAGAUGUCCUAUGAUUACAUCUCCUACGGAAUUUCUCUUCACAACUCCUCCUUCAAUAAAACAAGUGCCAAAAUCUAAAUCAGGUGAAGAAUUUUCCUGGCAUGACAUUCGGCUACCUCCUUUUAUUGUACCUGUCCACUAUAGCCUAUUUAUGCAUCCAAAUUUGGUUACAUUCGAAAAUACAGGAAGUGUCAAUAUAACGUUUCGGGUUACUAUGCAAACUAACUUCAUUGUUCUUCAUGCAAAAGAGCUGAAUAUGUCCCGCACAUUAAUUCUUGAAGGUGAAGAAAUAGAAAUUCCAGUUGUGAGAAGUCUUGAAUAUCCAAAGCAUGAACAGCUUUAUAUUGAAAUUGAAGGUACACUGAAGCCAUAUCAAGAUUAUAUAUUGUGGAUUGAUUUUAAAAAACACCUGAAGGAAAAAUUAGAGGGAUUUUAUAUCAGCUCUUAUAAAACUUCUGAUGGUCAAAAAAGAUACCUUGCCACAACCCAUUUCCAGCCGACCCUUGCUCGAGCUGCAUUUCCCUGUUUUGAUGAACCUGCUAUGAAAGCUACAUUUCAGUUAACAGUAGUCCAUGAAGAGGGAUACAAUGCCUAUUUCAACUCUGAGGUUUCCCAGACUGAACCUUAUGGAAAUGGUCUGUCUAUCACUGUUUUUGAUAAGACAUUGAAGAUGAGUACUUAUUUAGUUGCAUUUGUUGUAUGUGAUUUCAAGGCUCUUCAAAAAACAAGUCCUGAUGGCGUCAAUGUUAGGGUCCUUGUACCACCUGAGCAAUUGAAUCAAGCUCAAUAUGCUCUAGACACUGCAACCAAAGUUCUACAUUUCUUUCAGCAGUUUUUUAACAUUAGUUAUCCUUUACCAAAAUUGGAUAUGAUUGCCAUUCCUGAUUUUGGACCUGGAGCUAUGGAAAAUUGGGGUCUAGUGACUUUUCGUAUGACAACUGUUUUGUAUAAUUCUAUGGAAACAUCAAGUGAAAGUAAAGAGCAUGUAGCUACUGUUAUUGCUCAUGAAUUAGCUCAUCAGUGGUUUGGCAAUUUGGUGACUAUGCAAUGGUGGAGUGAUUUAUGGUUAAAUGAGGGGUUUGCAAGCUUUGUAGAAUACCUUGGAACUAACCAUGUUGAACCAGGAUGGAGAAUGAUGGAUCAGUUUGUUGUGAGUACUAGUCAAGAUGCCAUGUCUUUAGAUGGACUGGAAAGCUCUCAUCCUGUUAUGACUGAUGUAGAUAACCCAGAAGAAAUUGAUGCAAUAUUUGAUUUCAUCUCAUACAAAAAAGGUGCUGCAAUUUUAUAUAUGCUGGAGAAUUUCCUUGGAACUGAAACCCUCAAAAAAGGAUUGAGCACUUACUUAAACAAAUAUCGUUUCAAAAAUGCACGCACUGAAGACCUAUGGGAUGCUUUUACACAAGUAUCACUUACUACUUCACAUUUAAAUGUGUCUAAAAUUUUAGACACAUGGACUCGUCAAAAAGGUUACCCACUAUUGACAGUCACUUUGAAGCAUCGUAUUGUGCGAAUAAAACAACGGAGAUUUCUUCUAACACCUCCUGAAUAUGAUGAUGCAAAACCAUCAGACUUAUCUCCUUAUGGCUAUAAGUGGUUUGUUCCUGUUACUUAUAUUACAGAUAUUGAUAAAGAGAAUAUGUUUUGGUUAAACAUGACCGAUGGUGAGUUCCUUCUUCCUGCUCGAGCCAAGUGGUUGAAACUAAAUGUAAAUCAGACUGGUUUUUAUAGAGUUAUGUAUGAUGAUGGCUUGUGGAAUACACUGAUUGAAUUGCUACACACCAAUUACAGUGUCUUUAAACCUGCUGAUAGGGCCAAUCUUUUGGAUGAUGCACUUACUUUAGCUAGAGUAGGCAUUUUAGAUAGUGGGCAUGCUUUAAAUUUGACUCGAUAUUUGGCAAAAGAACAAGAUUAUGUGCCAUGGGAAACCGCUAUUCUACAUUUCGAAGUUUUAGAUGUAUUGAUGCAAGAAAGUCCAGCAUUAGCUUUAUUUCAUAAAUUUGCCAGAAAUCUGAUGAAACCUGUUGCUAAGAAACUUGGGUGGACAGAUGAAGGUGAUCAUUUAAAAAAGAAAUUGCGAUCUGCUCUUCUUAGGAUGCUUGUUAAAUUUGGGGAUGAUGAAACAAUUAGGAAAGCUAAAAUAACAUUCCAAAACUGGAUGUUUCAUGAUAUCAGAGUGGCUCCCAAUUUGCGAAAUGUAAUCUACACUACCGGUGUUAAAUUUGGGGGCAAGGAAGAGUGGCAGUUUUGCUGGAAGGAAUAUCAAGAAACACCAAUACCUUCUGAGAAGCGAUUACUUUUGACUGCUAUGGGUUACACAGAAGAUAUAUGGAGACUUUCUCAGUAUUUAAAUUACUCAUUGGACCGAGAUAAAGUUCGUCCUCAAGAUACUGCAUUAGUUAUUGGAGUCGCUGCUCGCAAUAAUAUUGGGCGCUUAUUGACUUGGAGAUUUGUAAGAAUGAAUUGGCCAUACUUUGUGGAAAUGUUUGGACCUGGAUCAUUUUCUAUGGACAUGAUUUUAUCUGAAUCAAUAUCACAUUUUAGCUCUAAAUUUGAUUAUGAUGAGGUUAAAAGCUUCUUCAGUGGGCGUGAUGUGGGAACAGGUGUUCAAUCUCUUCAACAAAGUUUGGAACGAGUGAGGGCUAAUAUCCGAUGGAGAGAGAAUACAGAAGCGUCUGUCAUCCAGUGGCUACAGCAUAAUGUCAAUUUCGAUUAAUUCUAUAGUUUGUGCUUCUUAUUCCUUCCCUUCAUGGAAAAAUAUUAUCUUUUUAAAUAAUUGUUUUGAUUUAAAUGAUGAAACAAUUUAAUGCAUUUAUGAUUUUUAUUAAGUUUUAUAUAUUUGACAAGGGAGGGAAAUGCAUUCACUAUUUUGCUCUCUUUUAAAUUUUAAAUUUAUUUUAUGGUUCGAAGAAUAUUUUUGUGUCAAAAAGAAGCUGCAAUUCUAUAUUGAUAAUAACAUUUAAUACAAAUUGUUAAAAUCUUAUACUCUGUUCAGAGAAUUCUUCAGUGAAAGAUAGUUGUUUAUUUUUGUGCCAUCUUUGUUAUUUGAAUUUGAUGUUAACUGUAAAUAAUUAGUUUUUGUUUUGUGCUUUCGUUAAAGUAGUUUGUUAUGUUUGCUUGCAAUUUCUAUAUAGACUUUCUUUUGUGUCACAAAAUGAGUCGAAAACCAUUUUGUUGACGAAUUCUGUGCUUUCUGCCAUCCUGAAAGCCCUGUGAUAAUUAUUUUGAGUUUUUUCAUUAUUCCGUUAAAUUAUUUGAAAGUUUUAUUCUGCAUCUAUUUCAAUACGUAGUGGGCACUAUUUCGGAAACUUGUUAAAAUAGUGAUAUUUUAAAACAGUUUAUUUUUUAGUAAAAUUUUAAAGGAAGUUUGUUGGUAAUCUCAACCUUUCUGGAUUGCUUUUACAGUUUAUCUUUGUUUCUUUUAACUUUUACAUAAAAAGUGGGUGAGGGAAAAACUGGUUUAAAAAGCAUUUGGUUGUUUUAUUAUACUAAUCUAUUAUUAUUAAUUAAUGAUUUUUUGGAAGGGAAGUGUGUGUUUAGUGAUGCGUAGAUACAGCAAUUUGGAAGGGAAUUCCAUGCGUUGUGCAAAGUUUUAUAUAACCCUAUGCACAAAAUAAUUCAAAUUUGACCAGGGUUUUUUUACCAUGCAAGGAUUGUGUUUUCUUCUACAGGUAAUUUUUAAUGCUGCUUCACAUAUUGACAGUUGUAAAUUUAUUAAGUUAUCAGGUUGUAAAAUUUGAACUCGUUUUUUCUAUUUAUUACAAUUGUUGCUUUUAAAUGUGUGUUAACGGAUAUUUAUAUUAAGUUUGCAGUUAUAUAUAAAAUUCAGAAUUUUAAUAUGGUAUUAAUUGAAACAUUUUCUUUUUUUAUAUAUAUUUAUUUAAGUUUGCAGCCAAAGUUAUGCUGGCUUAGCAGAAUUGCCACAUUUAAUUUUUAAUAUGUAGCUUAAUUGCCUGUGUAGUUUUAAUUUUUUUAGAGUAAUACAGAGUUUGACAAAUUUGAAAGUAUUGAUUUUAUUUAAAAUUAUGCGGGUAUUUUAAUUAUUUUAAUCAAAGUGUUUAUCACUUAGUUAAAGUUUUUGCAAAGCUUUUAAAUAAUGACGUUUUUGUGUGUUUUAUGCCUGAUCUACUUGUGCAUCAAGUUAGGUAAUAUUUGUUAUAAUAUAGUGCUGCUAUUGAAUGUGUCUUUCAAAUCAUUUAUUCAUGCAUAAUUCCAUAUUAUUGUAAUCAUGGUUAGUUUUGUCAUAUCAUUUGCGAGCUUUUCAUUCAUUUAUGAUGAAAAAAAACUUGUUUCAUUCUAAAUCUGAAGAUGUACAUUAAUUUCCUUUAUAUUUUCAAAAUGAAAGUAAUGUUACACUUUUUGUGUUUAAACUUUGCUGAAUUAUUUUUUUUACAUAAUAGCAAGAAAAUUUU